AUGAAUUACAACAAUGCUGAACACACAUCUGGGUUUGACUUCGUUGAUGAAAUGUGGCAGGCUGGUACUUCGUCCUCCAGCUCAGACAUCUACUCACCUAGCGGUUCCAUGGAUCAUUACGAUGCGAUGGUGAGAUGGGAAAAGUCUUGCCAAAACCUCAUCCCUUUCGACUAUGAAGCAUGGCAGUUCGAAGGGACGUUUGCAGCGUCAGACAUGAACGAUCGAGAAGAACAAUCGUCGGCUCCUCUCUCGGUAUGGGAGGCAUCAGCUCAAAGUGUGGGGAAUAGUAUCCCUCGGUCAACCCAACAGGUGCCUGAAAACGCAAAAACGAACGUCACCCAGUCUCCCUCGCUAUCAUAUAGUCAAUCACCAUCCGAGUCACCAGCUGCCUCAGCAACAAAACCUCGCUACUCACGCAAGCGUCUGAGUGACUCCGCUCUGAACAAACGCCGAAGUCAGAAUCGCGAGUCUCAACGCUCGUUUCGAGAAAGACAAAAACAUCAUGUCAUCUGGCUAGAAGACCAAGUUCGUGGGCUCAAGAUAAAGUGUAAUGAACUGGAGAAAGAAUACAUCAAUCUGAAUUGCAAGUACCGAGAACUACUCGAGAGGACUGAAGGAAGCGAUGAGGCAUAUCCCAGCACAGAAGACCUGGGAUCUUGGCCUUUGGCGCCAGGGUCUCAUACUUUAAUGGAACGCGACUAUAUUUCAUCGUAG